UGGACAAGCUGGAAAAUUGGUUAAUGUUUCGUUCAUUUUUUACUUGCUAGUACCGUCGCAAUGAAUGUAAUAAAUUUGAGUUAAUUACUCGAGUUUUUCAACAGACAAAAAAAAUUCAACUCAAGUGAAAAUAGCAUCCUAGUUUGGGGGAAAAUUCACAGUAAAAUUAACUAUUAUUUAAUUAACACCCUCAAUUUGUCAGGAAACAAAAUAGAACCACACCGACUAGGCGGCUUACCGAUGUUUACAGAUUUUUCUACAAUCAACUUUAUUUAGAAUAACAUUUACAGCAAGCAUGCAUUUAAUGGGCAGAAAGUUGUUUAAUCGGGCCUCAUUACAAAUUCUAAGAUCGUUUUCAGCAACCUCUAUUCGACCAAGCAGCAGUGAACACAUCCCAAAGAAUGUUAUUGCACAUCUAUCCACCGCACAGCACCAGCAAGGUAAUGGCGUGAUCUACGACAAAAAACCCUUCAGGAUAGAGCUACAAGAAGGUAAACGAUACUCAUGGUGUCUGUGUGGCAAAUCAAAAUCACAACCUCUCUGCGAUGGUACACAUAAAUUAGAGCAGUACAAAAUUACGUUGAGACCGGUGCGGUUCCAGGUGGAAAAGACAGGCACUUACUGGUUAUGUAACUGUAAGCAUACCAAGAAUCGUCCUUUCUGUGAUGGAACGCACAAAAGUGAAGACAUCCAAAAAGUGGCAGGAAAAUGAAUCUGUUUCGCCUACAGUGGAACCUUUCGAAAGUGAAAGUAUGCACCUAGUAAUCAAAUGAUUUAAUAAAUUUGCGUUUGUUAAUAUA